AUGAGUCAGGGUCAUCAUGCAAGGAGGCCCCAAGCUGGCGGGCAAGACAAACCAAUGAGACAGGAAGGUGGGCUUGAGCAAGAUCGUCCUAUAAGAUACGGUGACGUUUUCAACGUUUCUGGAGACCUUGCUACAAGAAUUAUAGCACCGGAAGAUGCUAACAUGAUGCAGAGUGCGGAAAACACCGUGCUUGGACAGACCCAGAAGGGUGGUCCAGCUGCUACUAUGCAAUCUGCUGGAACUCGCAAUGAGCAAGCUGGUUUUGUUAGUCAUCGACAGGCCAGUGAUGCUGCUGCUGACCACGGCGUAUCUGUAACUGAAAAUGACAUUCCAGGAGCCCGAAUAGUCACAGAAAGCGUUGCUGGACAGGUUCUCUCUAAUAUAUUGCUGCAGUAA